AUGGAGGACCAGCUGCUGUGCUGCGAGGUGGACUCCAUCAGGAGAGCCUACCAGGACGUCAACCUGCUCAACGACCGAGUUCUACACACCAUGCUAAAGGCCGAGGAAAACUACCUACCGUCGCCAAACUACUUCAAGUGUGUUCAGAAAGAAAUUGUACCCAAAAUGAGGAAAAUAGUGGCCACCUGGAUGUUAGAGGUCUGCGAGGAACAGAAAUGUGAGGAGGAGGUUUUUCCGCUGGCUAUGAACUAUUUGGACAGAUUUCUAUCAGUGGAGGCCACCAGGAAAACAAGACUACAGCUACUGGGAGCUACAUGCAUGUUUCUAGCAUCCAAGAUGAAGGAAACCGUGCCCCUAACAGCGGAGAAACUCUGUAUCUACACGGACAACUCGGUCCAGCCCGGAGAACUGCUGCAAAUGGAGCUGCUAGUUCUCAACAAGCUGAAAUGGGAUCUGGCUUCAGUCACGCCUCACGACUUCAUCGAGCACUUCCUGUCCAAGCUGAAGAUCUGCCCGUCCACCAAGCAGAUCCUCAGGAAACAUGCCCAGACCUUCGUGGCUCUCUGUGCUACAGAUGUCAAUUUCAUCGCCAGUCCUCCAUCCAUGGUGGCGGCGGGUAGCGUGGUGGCAGCUGUUCAAGGUCUCUACCUGAAGAGCCAAGAUGCCUCCUUAUCCUCCCAGAACCUCACCAACUUCCUGUCACAGGUCAUUCGCAGUGACCCGGACUGCUUGCGGUCAUGUCAGGAGCAGAUCGAGUCCCUGCUGGAGUCCAGCCUGCGGCAAGCUCAGCAACACAGCAACACAACAGAAACCAAACACGUGGACGAGGACGUGGACCUAUCCUGCACCCCGACAGAUGUCAGAGAUAUCAACAUCUGAAAUGACUGACAACAGCGUUGCACGAUAACCUGAUGAUCGAGGGAAAGUUGUCGACAGAGGGUGGUGAUGGGCUGGCUGAACUCGGCCUCCCCUCCUCCACCUUCUUCCCGGUGGGCUGCUAUCAUGGCCGACAUGUCACUCACAUGCCCGCUGUCCGCUAAGGCUGCCAAGACGGGACAGAGAGUCCCCCGCCCUGCAACAACCCCCAAGUCACAUUUCCUGCCAGUGUCCCCUCCCUUUUCUGGGAAAAUAAAUGAACACUACAGAAAUGUACAAGAGAGAAAAGACACUGAAUACUGAUGACCUGCGUGGGCUGGAGUUGAAGCCACAAAACAGACAUUUUAGUCUAUCUUUUUUCUUAUUCCCUCAAAUAUAAAACUAGGAAUCUUUAAAUAACCGCACACUCAACUUGCCUACUAAAACAUCCCAAAGUGUCAUGUACAGUAGGACCUUGUCGUCUGUCUUCAGGUCUUCAUCUGAAAUCUGACUUUUUGUUUUGUUUUCAUGUUUCAGACUUCCUGUCCAAGCUCCCAUGUUUGUCUUGUUGCAGUGCAAACAUUCAUUUAUCCCUGCUUGCUUAUGUUUAGUCACUUUAUCAUAUAUAAUUUUAGACCUCUUUAUCAAUUAUUCUUAUGCCUCUUUUCUUCCAAGCUUUUUGUGUUUCAAACAAAGUGUAGUGUGAGACGCUGUGUUUAUGACGUUAGUGACAGUGGGCUGCUGAUGUUGAGGCAUGUGUGAUUCUUUGUUCAUUGGUUGACAACAGCUGCUUUUACCCAUUUCAGCUUGCUGUAAUUUGAUAAGAUCAAAUCGAUGCGCAACCAAGCAGAGCAAUCCAGCCUGUUAUGUAUAUUUUCUCUGUGUAGUUAUACCUAAACCAUUCCAACUUUGUUUCUAAAAAAAAAAAAAAAAAAAAAAAAAAAAA